AUCAAGGAUUGUUUAUAAACUGCAGGUAUAAUCGUAUUCCCUGCACAUAAACAUUGGGUAUUUAUUUUGUCAAAAUGGGAAAUAUUCAUACAACUGGACCCAACGAGGCCUUAGUAAUUUCAGGUGGCUGUUGUGGAGCUGAGGGAAGAAAAUACAUUAUUGGAGGCUGGGGAUGGGCAUGGUGGCUUGUUACAGAUACUCAAACCAUUUCCCUUGAGGUAAUGACACUAAAUCCAGUUUGUGAAAGUGUUGAAACUUCCGAAGGUGUGCCUGUAACAGUCACAGGUGUUGCUCAGUGUAAAAUCAUGAGAUCUCCAGACAUACUAAAGAAGGCUUGUGAGCAGUUUUUGGGGAAGUCCCCUCAGCACAUUGAGCACGUAAUCCUUCAGACCCUUGAGGGUCAUCUUAGGGCUAUUUUGGGUACUCUUAGUGUUGAGGCUAUUUAUCAGGAUCGUGAUCAGUUUGCACAGCUGGUCAGGGAAGUGGCAGCACCUGAUGUAGGCAAGAUGGGCAUUGAGAUCCUCAGCUUCACCAUCAAGGACAUCUUCGACAAAGUCGAGUAUCUCUCCUCCCUUGGGCGUGCCCAGACUGCCAAUGUCAAAAGAGAUGCUGAUAUUGGUGUUGCUGAAGCUAACAGGGACGCUGGCAUCAGGGAAGCAGAGUGUGAAAAACUGAGGAUGGAUGCAAAGUACAGGGCUGAUGCCAUCAUCGCAGACUCUUCUAGAGAAUAUCUGAUGCAAAAAGCUAAUUUCGAUAUGGAGGUUAAUGCCAGGAGAGCUGAAGCUGAACUGGCUUAUGAACUUCAGGCAGCAAAAGAAAAACAGAAGAUUCGAAGCGAAGAGAUGGAAAUUGAAGUUGUUGAAAGAAGGAAGCAAAUUGAUGUGGAGGAAAAAGAGAUAUUGAGAAAAGAGAAAGAACUGAUUGCAACAGUCAAACGUCCAGCAGAAGCACAGGCUUACAAGAUGGGUCAGGUUGCAGAGGGACAAAGGACACAGACUGUUGAGGCAGCCAGAGCCGAGGCUGAAAAGAUCCGACUUAUUGGUGCCUCAGAAGCUGCUGCUAUUGAAGCUGUAGGUAAAGCAGAAGCUGAGAGGAUGAGACUGAAGGCCGCAGCCUACAAACAGUACGGUGAUGCUGCCAUGUUGCACCUGGUCAUGGAAACCCUACCCAAAAUUGCAGCUGAGGUAUCUGCCCCUCUCUCCAAGACUGAUGAGAUAGUGUUGUUGGGUGAUGACCGCGUGACUGGAGAGGUCAGUCGUCUGCUCUGUCAGCUGCCGCCUGCUGUUCAAGCUUUGACUGGGGUGGACCUGUCCAAGGUUCUCGGAAAAAUCCCUGGUGCUCAACAGGCUUAAGUCACACACUACCAAGUUAUGCCUUUUUUUAGGAGCUGAUCUAACCAGGCAAUGGAAUGUUAGCUGUUAGAAAUAAACAUAACAAUUCACAGCUUAGUAAAAGAUCUUAACAGAGGUUUGUAAGUUAAUCACAGGUACCUUGUGAGUUAGACUUACCCAGAUGCACUUUUUAAAAUUUUUAGCAUCUCGUGAGAAACAAACGUUUUUUUGUGUCCUUUAUCACUGGUCAAAAUAAUUUUUAUUUGAUGUUUUAACAAUGAACAAAAGAAUGUUUUAACUUUUUAAUUAAGGCAACACAUCACAAUUAAGGUAUUUUUUAUGCCACAAAGUACUCAAUUUUUCCCCAUUAUUAUAAUGAACAGCUCAUUGAGAUAUUCCAUAUUUGUCAUUUUUUUGUGCAAUUUUAGUCAAAUAUUUGUAUAUUUUUGGCUUUACCAUUCUUAAAUUUAAGUAAUCAGUAUGAAUAUUUUUCUAGCAAUACAAUUUUAAGUAUUUAAUGUGUAACCUCUUAGUAUUGCCAUUUUAAUGCAUCUAUCUCUCUCUCUAUGUAUAACUGUUCACCUUGAUAUCAUGUUUUUUAAACAUUUUCAUGUAUUGUUUCACUUACUAUCUUUGUCAACAUUUUAUUCAUCCCACAUAAACCCUGCUUCACCUACCUUUACCUGUACUCCACUGUAAUCUCAUUGCUUUUCUAUUUGUUCCAAAUAUUUAGUCAUUUAUUGAGUAUUGUAAAUGAAUGGAAUGUUGUUUUACUAUUCAUAUUCAUCAAUGUGACAUUAUUUCAAAUUGUUGUUAACUAUGUGCUAUAGUGAUUAAUGCCCCUUUUUUGACUAACUUUAUGAGGUUAUCUACCCUGCUGCUACUAGAGAUUUUUUGCAUAAUUUUUUUUUUGGUAUUAAGUUUUGAUUCUUGCUCAAUACAAAGGUUACAGUUAUGUUGAGCGGUUGUGAUUUGCUAAAAGUCAAUUUUACAGACAACACAGAUUCCAAAAAAGGUUUUAAGUUAAGUUUAGUAAUGUCAAGCUGUUAUUUUUAUUUCUAGUAAGACAAAUGGCAACUAUAUAACUUAUUAGUGUGAUAAGUAAACAUAGAUUAGCUUUUAUGUUGUUUAUUCUAAAUCAGAUUAAACAAAAUCAAACAUGGUUCUGAUAUUACUCAACAAAAAUACCUGAGAUUACUUUUUGAUAACAAGAUAUUAACAUUAGAACACUUUUUUUUUUCAUUUAUUUUCAUUUUCCCCAGUUGUAAUUAGUUUCAGAAAACUGCAAGGAACACAGUGAUUAAAUUGAAAUCUUAACAUAAGGAGCUUAUAUAAAGGAACAGAUUAAUUCACCUUCUAAUUUAAGUAUUAUUUUAUUUAAAAACAACCUAAAUCUGGUUUAAAGAAUUUCUAGGUCAUGCUGUAGUUUGUUUGAUUUAUUGUCUUAUAAACAACUUCUACGCAUAGUUGCUGUCCCAAAUAAUGAUCAGUCCAAAUUGUUAUUUAUAGUAUUUAGAUUUUUCUCAAAAGAAGUUUAAUUAUAUCACUUCCUGUCAAGUAAUUGAAUUUUAAUAACACCAAUCUUUGAGCAUCUUGUGUGUAUGGUCUUGUUCUAAUCUAUAAUUUUAAUGGCAGCUUUAGCAUUGUAACAACUUAUGUAAAUAGUUUGUUUCUUAACUUUUUACAUUACAAAGUGCCCACAUUAGACAACUGAUAAAGUAGAUUUGUUGAAUUGAUAACUCUGUUGUUUUACUUGAUUGGUAUUUGUUUUUUAAAAAAACGGAAAGACAUCAGUUAAAAGGCAUUUAGAAUAUACUUGUUUAUGGAAUUUGUUUUUAAAAUCUGGAGAAAGGCAUUUAGAAUAUACUUGUUUACGAUAUUUGUUUUUAAAAUCUGGAGAAAGCCAUCAGUUAAAAGGCAUUUAGAAUAGACUUGCUCUUUAUAUUCUAAGCAUGGAACAUUAUUUUUUAAUCUUUAAGUAUUUGGAUUAAUUUUCUCUUGGUAUAUUUUAUGUUUCAUCACUUAGCAUUUCAUAAUUCAAAAAUUCAUCGCAAAUAAAAUUAACGAUUUCAUUUUAAUUGUAAAUAUUUUUUCUACUGUAUGAAAAAAAUUACUUAGUUAUUAAUCCUUGGAGUCAACAAUGAUUUUAAAGAUAAUUUUCUACAGAAAUAAAUUAAAGCUUUAUAAUUUUUCUGUGAUGUGAUUAAUUAUUUUAAUUUUGUAUUUAACAACAAGGCCUGUCACAUAAUAGCAGUGAUAGUUUGUGAUUGUUGUCAAUUUUUUCAAUGUCAUUAAUUUAUUGUUUUAUUUUUUAUUUAUCUAAUAUUUGUUUAUGUUAUACAACAAUUGAUUCUACUUCUAGACUUUAUUUUUAAAAACAAUAAACAAGUAUUUGAUAAGUCUUUAUCAUAACGUCACACUUUUCUAUCCCACCUACUGUGUUUGGUUUCAUUCCUGGUUGUUGAGAGAUGCAGUGUCAGUUAUGCUAAAAAUAAAUUGUCCUUCCUUUUACGUCACUUCUAUUUCAAUUCACCCUAGGCUUGGCUUCAUUCAUCAUGUGUUCAACUCUAGAAUUUCUCUACUGGUAAUCAUGAAAACAACACUAGAUUUUUUUUUAAAGUUCAGAUAUAACUUGAGCAAGUGUACCAUAUAAAUUACUGUUGCUGUCCUUAAUAAUAUUCAUAACAUAUGGUAUCCCUUAAUACAACCACUGACAGUAUUAUCAUGCCAUUAUUACACAUUGCUCUAUGCAUACUUUCAAAACACAAUAGCUGGACUUUUUUUUUUACAUCAAACUACUCACAUCUCUUAACAAGACAAUGUUUGGUUGUUUCAGUUUUAUUCAUUUAAUUUGUUCCAUUAAAUCACCCACAUUUUUGAAUAACCAUUAAAUAAACCCCUUUAAUUAAAAGAAUGAUAAAAAUUUCUCAUGUAACAUUAACAACGUAAGGAUUUGUAAGGGUGAAAUGGAUGUAAAUGUAACAUUUAAUAGUUGUAAACGAGUUGGUCUUUGUAAAUAUAAUCAACCCUGUCAAUGUUUAUUUUCUAGAAAUAGUCAUUGUAACAUUUUUUGUUGUUUCUGAGCUGUUUUCUUUUUUAAAAAUAAUUGAUUAUAUUUAUAGGUCAAUCUUUAAUUAUGUUUAAAUAUUAUUAAAUCUUUAUUACCUUAAGA